UUCUCAUUGUGCUCGCUAUCGCUGGCUGUGCCCUGGCUCUAAGCUACGAGGAUGUGCUCGAGGCGGAGUGGCAGACCUUUAAAAAGGAGCACGAUAAGUCCUAUCAGGAUGCGAGCGAGGAGCAGCUGCGCAGGAGAAUCUUCAAGGACAACAAGGAGAUGAUUGACAGACACAAUGCACGCUAUGCGGCAGGCGAGGAGACAUGGGAGAUGGGUGUCAAUCAAUUCACAGACAUGCUGCUCGAAGAGUUCCGAGCACAGAUGCUGGGAGGCCUCAACAAAACGGACGAUCCGACUGAAAUACAUCUGGUUUAUAAGCCUUCUGCUAAUUUCCAAGUUCCCUCAUCGGUGGAUUGGCGAGAAAAGGGCGCUGUUACUGAGGUGAAGGAUCAAGGUAAAUGCGGCUCCUGUUGGGCAUUUGCUGCCACUGGAACUCUGGAGGGCCAACAUUUCCUCAAGACGGGCAAUUUGGUUGACCUGUCCGAAAAGAAUCUUUUGGACUGUUCCAGUGAGCCGCCCUAUCGUAAUAAAGGCUGCAACGGUGGUUGGGCUUUGGCUGCGCUGCAUUAUGUAAAGAGAAAUGGUGGUAUAGAUACGAGUGCAUCGUAUCCUUAUGAGCCCUAUCAGGGCGACUGUCGCUUUGAUAGCAACGAAGUAGGCGCCACGGUGCGACAUGUUGUGAGAGUGGAAAGAGAGGACGAAGAUGCUCUGGCAGCAGCUGUCGCCGAGCAUGGACCCAUUGCUGUGAGCAUUGAAGCAACUCAUCUUGUCCAUUACAGAGGCGGAAUAUAUACCAGGCGCUGCCACCAUCAUGCUGACCAUGCAGUCCUUGUUGUAGGCUACGGCCAUGAUGAGACGGGAGGCGACUACUGGCUGGUCAAGAACUCCUGGGGCACUGACUUUGGUGAAGAUGGAUAUUUUCGAAUGGCCCGCAAUCGGGACAACUUGUGCUUCAUUGCCAGCAGGCCCAUCUUUCCAUUGGCAGUUCUCAUUGUGCUCGCUAUCGCUGGCUGUGCCCUGGCUCUAAGCUACGAGGAUGUGCUCGAGGCGGAGUGGCAGACAUUUAAGGAGGAGCACGAUAAAUCCUAUCAGGAUGCGAGCGAGGAGCAGCUGCGCAGGAGAAUCUUCAAGGACAACAAGGAGAUGAUUGACAGACACAAUGCACGCUAUGCGGCAGGCGAGGAGACAUGGGAGAUGGGUGUCAAUCAAUUCACAGACAUGCUGCUCGAAGAGUUCCGAGCACAGAUGCUGGGAGGCUUCAACAAAACGGACGAUCCGACUGAAAUACAUCUGGUAUACAAGCCGUCUCCAAAUUUCCGAUUUCCCUCGUCGGUUGAUUGGCGUAAAAAGGGCGCCGUUACCAAGGUGAAGAAUCAAGGUAAAUGCGGCUCCUGCUGGACAUUUUCCGCUGCUGGCACUCUGGAGGGUCAACAUUUCCGCAAGACGGGCAAUUUGGUUGACCUGUCCGAAAAGAAUCUAUUGGAUUGUUCAACGUAUCCUUACCAUCCUUCUCAGGGCUACUGUCGAUUUAAUAGCAAUGAAGUAGGCGCUACGGUGCAAGCAGUUGUGGGAGUGGAACGAGAUAACGAACAGGCUCUGGCAGCAGCUGUGGCCGAGAAUGGUCCCAUUUCAGUAACUGUUGACGCCACUAAUCUGAUGAAGUACAGAAGCGGAGUUAUAACCCAGCCCUGCCAAAAUCACGCCAAUCACGCAGUCCUUGUUGUGGGCUACGGUCAUGAUGUGACGGGAGGCGACUACUGGCUGGUCAAGAACUCCUGGGGCACGGUUUUCGGUGAAGAUGGAUAUUUUCGCAUGGCACGCAAUCGCAAUAACUUGUGUUCCAUUGCCAGCGCAGCCGUCUAUCCAUUGGUUUAA